UUCAUUUCAAUAAAGGGCAUAUUGGAGUGUAUGUUAGCGCUUCUAAUUGAUUUAGACUUCUGAAUUUGAAUAAUAUUGGCAUGUUUUAAAAAUGAACUCAAGCCACCUCAACACUUCCAGUGAGCUGCCACCCACCUCAGGUAAAUGCGUCCGAGACACCAGCAUCACUCAGGUGGUUUUUCCAUGUUUGUAUACACUCCUCUUUGCUGUGGGGCUCACCCUCAACUGUCUGGCAGCAUGGAUCUUUUUCCGCAUUCCCAAUUCAACCACAUUCGUUAUCUACCAAAAAAAUGUGGUAGUCGCCGAUCUUUUAAUGACUGUGACAAUAUUAAUUAAAACGAUCAGUGAUUCAGGACUUGGAUCUUGGCAACUGAAGGUUUUUGUAUGUCGAUACUCUUCUGUUGUUUUUUAUAUGACUAUGUACAUCAGUAUCAUCUUGCUUGGGCUGAUAAGUCUUGAUAGGUACCUCAAAAUCGCGAAACCUUUUGGAAGAGCCUUCAUCCACAACACAGCCUUUGGAAAAAUCCUGACGGUGCUGAUAUGGACGUUAAUGUUUUUUAUAACAGCCCUGCCAAAUAUGAUUCUGACAAACAAGACCCCCUCUACAUCGGUAAAGAAAUGCAGUUCGCUGAAGGGCCCCCUGGGAUUAAAGUGGCACGAAGCUGUAAACUAUAUCUGCCAAAUUAUUUUCUGGACUGUUCUUGCCCUGAUGGUUGUCUGUUACACCUUAAUAAGCAAUAAAGUGUACCAAUCUUACAAAAACUCCAGAAGCAAUGAUAAAACAGCCACACAUAAAACAAAGGCCAGGGUGUUUAUCGUUGUGGCUGUGUUUUGUAUCUGCUUUGCUCCGUUUCAUUUUACGAGAAUACCAUACACCCUGAGCCAGACAGGAACGCUGUCCGACUGCAGGACACAGAACAUACUUUACGCUGCAAAAGAAAGUACUCUGUGGUUGUCAGCAACCAACACUUGCUUAGACCCACUCAUAUAUAUUUUCCUGUGCAGAGUGUUUCGGAAAAAGUUGUUUGAUACUUUGAGACUUAAAUCCAAAACUGUUCAGACAAAUCAAACCUUGACAAACGCAGAGGAAACACCAAUGUAGCAUGAUGCGCUCCAGUAACACCAGAAGGACUGCAAACGCACUAUAACUGGUUUACACUGCUAAGUAUUACUUUAUC